AUGACAACAGACUCGACCGCACCGUCGGAAACCGACGCCAAGUACCGUUCGUCGUGGUCGCGGCCCGGCUCGGCCGAACGCAACGCGCAACCCAUCGCGGACGCCCUCUCCUCCCUCCUCCCCUCCCCCUCCUCCUCGAAGCGCAAGACGACCAUCCUCGAAGUCGCCUCCGGAUUUGGCCAGCAGAUCCGCGCGAUCGCGACCACCUACCCUUCCGUCCAGUUACAUCCGAGCGAAGCCGACGCCUACCCACGGCAUCAGAUCGACACCCUCACCUCCAACCUCCCCAACGUCGGAAAAGCGGAAACGCUCGACCUGGUCGACCAGAACGACUGGCUCACGCUCGCCCACAACAUCUCGGGCGAAUCGGCUUCCACGGAAGAAGGGCUGUUCGACGGCGUUCUCGCAUGCAACCUGACGCAUAUCGUCCCGUGGCGCGUCACGGAGAGCCUGUUCAGCCAUCUGGACCCGCGCGUGGGGUAUGUGACACAGCAGGGGUAUAGGAAUUUGUUGAGUCGAGAUGGGUGGAUCGCCAUCUACGGGGCGUUUAACGAGAAUGGCGAGUGUACCAGUGAGGGGAAUCGCAACUUUGACAAGGAGAUCCGGGAGAGGGACGCGGAGUUCGGGUUGAGAGAUGUGCAGACCGAGAUCGUGCCCCUUGCGUGGAGGCAUGGGUUCGAGCUGAAGGAGCGCAUCGAGAUGCCGGCCGGGAACCUGAUGCUUGUGUUUCGGAUGCGAAAGGAAUGA